AGCCCAGUCUUUCCAAUGAGGCCUGCAGCACUAGGCUCCCCAGGUCACACAUCCUUGGAAGAUGAGCGACCUGUCAUGGUGAAGCUGGAGGACUCAGAUGAGGAGGGUGACGCUGCCCUGUGGGAUCCGGGCCCAGAGACUGCACGCCAGCGUUUUCGACACUUCCACUAUGAAGAGGCAGUGGGUCCCCAAGAGGCCCUGGCCCAGCUCCGGGAGCUAUGCCGCCAGUGGCUGCAGCCAGAGGUUCACUCCAAAGAGCAGAUGCUGGAGCUCCUGGUCCUAGAGCAAUUCCUGGGUGCACUGCCCCCUGAGAUCCAGGCCCGCGUGGAGGGACAGCGACCAGGCAGCCCUGAAGAAGCAGCCGCCCUGGUUGAAGGGCUUCGCCAGGAGCCAGGAGGGCCCCGAAGAUGGGUCACAGUCCAAGUACAGGGUCAGGAGGUGCUAUCAGAGAAGAUGGAACCCUCCAACUUCCAGCCCCUCCAUCAAACCAAGCCACGGACUCCAGAACGUGGACCCGGGACACCAUCUGAAGCCACACACGAGUCACCGCUGGGCCUUCAGGUGAAAGAGGAGCCCAUGGUUACAGAGGACCCAGAGCUUCUGGAUUCUGGGCCUCUAGCCAAUCCCCAGGAAGCCACUUCCACUCUCCUGCCUAAAGAGGCCCAGGAUUGUGAGAUAGUGCUGCACCAGGCCUCUCCCCACAGCGAGACUGGGCUUGAGGGGCCUUCAUGGAGGGAGCAUCCUGGGUCCCUGUGGCAGGAGGAAGCUGGGGGCAUCUUUCCUCCAGGGUUUGCACUCCAGAUGGAAAGUGUCUCUGCUGGCCCAGGCACUGUGAGCCCCCACCUCCAUAUGCCCUGGGACCUCCGCAUGGUUGGCCUCACGGACCAACUCCGGUCACCCUCCCAUGAAAGUGGCUUCUCACGUGCGCUCCUGCUCCCCAGUGGCCCAGGAGGUGAGCAGAACCCCACGAAUGAGGGUUCCUGCCAGCUUAUGAGCCCUAUGCUAGGCACAGCCCGCUGGCGUGCUCCCAGGGGCCGGGGCCGGGGUCGGCCCAGCACAGACCCCGGGGCAGGGAGAGGUGGCCACUGUGACGUGUGCGGGAAGGUGUUCAGCCAACGCAGUAACCUACUGAGGCACCAGAAAAUACACACGGGAGAGCGGCCAUUCGUGUGCAACGAGUGUGGCCGGAGCUUCAGCCGAAGUUCGCACCUUCUGCGCCAUCAACUCACACACACUGAGGAGCGGCCAUUUGUGUGCAGCGACUGCGGCCAGGGCUUCGUGCGCAGCACCCGCCUGGAGGAGCACCGGCGUGUGCACACAGGCGAGCAGCCUUUCCACUGUGCUGAGUGCGGCCAGAGCUUCCGACAGCGCUCCAACCUGUUGCAGCACCAGCGCAUCCACGGCGACCCCCCCGGCCCUGGCGCUGCACCCGCUGCACCUCCCGGUGCGCCUGAGCCCCCAGGGCCUUUCCCCUGCAGCGAGUGCCGCGAGAGCUUCGCGCGGCGCGCUGUGCUACUAGAACACCAGGCAGUGCACACAGGUGACAAAUCCUUUGGCUGCGUGGAGUGUGGUGAGCGCUUCGGUCGCCGCUCAGUGCUGCUGCAGCACCGGCGAGUACACAGUGGUGAGCGGCCCUUCGCCUGCGCCGAGUGCGGCCAGAGCUUCCGACAACGUUCCAACCUUACACAACACCGUCGUAUCCACACCGGCGAGCGGCCUUUCGCCUGCGCCGAGUGUGGCAAGGCGUUCCGCCAGCGGCCCACACUCACACAGCACCUGCGCGUGCACACAGGCGAGAAACCCUUUGCCUGCCCCGAGUGUGGCCAACGCUUCAGCCAGCGUCUGAAGCUCACGCGCCACCAGCGGACGCACACCGGGGAGAAACCCUACCACUGUAGUGAGUGCGGCCUGGGCUUCACGCAGGUUUCCCGGCUCACCGAGCACCAGCGUAUCCACACGGGUGAGCGGCCCUUUGCCUGUCCUGAUUGCGGCCAGAGCUUCCGGCAGCACGCCAAUCUCACACAACACCGGCGCAUCCACACAGGCGAGCGGCCCUACGUGUGCCCAGAGUGCGGCAAGGCAUUCCGCCAGAGGCCCACGCUCACACAGCACCUGCGUACCCACCGGCGUGAGAAGCCCUUUGCCUGCCAGGACUGUGGCCGCCGCUUCCACCAGAGCACUAAGCUUAUCCAGCACCAGCGCAUCCACAGUGCCGAGUAA